GUUGGGCGCUGGGCCGGCGGCGGGAGGGCGAGAGGGCGGCGGGCCGGCGGGCGGAGUGGGCCUGGGCUCGAGAAGUUUGCGCGGCGGCUGGUGAGCGCCGGGUGCGGGCCCCGCCGGCCGUGCGCGCCCGCUGCCAUGGCUUUCCGCCGGAGGACGAAAAGUUACCCGCUCUUCAGCCAGGAGUUCGUCAUCCACAACCAUGCGGACAUCGGCUUCUGCCUGGUGCUCUGCGUCCUCAUCGGGCUUAUGUUCGAGGUCACCGCCAAGACUGCCUUCCUAUUUAUUUUACCUCAGUAUAAUGUUAGCGUGCCUACAGCAGAUGGCGAGACGGUGCACUACCACUACGGGCCGAAGGACCUGGUCACAGUCUUGUUCUACAUCUUCAUCACCAUCAUCCUGCACGCUGUGGUGCAGGAGUACAUUUUAGACAAAAUCAGCAAACGGCUUCAUCUCUCCAAGGUCAAGCACAGCAAGUUCAACGAAUCUGGACAGCUGGUCGUCUUUCACCUCAGCUCGGUGAUCUGGUGCUUCUACGUGGUGGUGACGGAAGGAUAUUUAACAAACCCAAGGAGCCUCUGGGAAGACUAUCCGCAUGUGUACCUCCCCUUCCAGGUGAAGUUCUUCUACCUGUGCCAGCUGGCCUACUGGCUGCAUGCACUUCCUGAGCUCUACUUCCAGAAGGUACGGAAGGAGGAGAUUCCCCGGCAGCUCCAGUACAUCUGCCUGUACCUGGUCCAUAUUGCGGGCGCGUACCUCUUCAACCUGAGCCGCCUGGGCCUGGUCCUGCUCCUGCUGCAGUACUCGACCGAGUUCCUCUUCCACACGGCUCGGCUCUGCUACUUUGCAGACGAGAACAACGAGAAGCUGUUUAACGCCUGGGCUGCUGCAUUUGGAGUCACCCGCCUCUUCAUCCUCACCCUCGCCGUGCUGGCCAUUGGCUUUGGCCUCGCUCGCGUGGAAAACCAGGCCUUUGACCCCGAGAAAGGGAACUUCAACACGUUACUUUGCAGGCUGUGCAUGCUGCUCCUGGUGUGCGCCGCCCAGGCCUGGCUCAUGUGGCGCUUCAUCCACUCCCAGCUGCGGCACUGGCGCGAGCACUGGAGCGAGCAGAGCGCCAAGCGCAGAGUGCCCGCCGCACCCAGGCUGGCAGCCAGGCUCAUCAAGAGGGAGUCGGGUCCUGGGGCGCUCGCUGCCAGCCCCGCGCUCUCUGUCCAGCCUGGGGGCCUGUCUGCACCAGGCUCUGUUUCCUGAGUCGCCGGCCUCUCUCCAGGUGUGGCCUGCUCGGCAAGGGCGCGUGCGCGGCUGCGUGUGACAAGGAGUCAGGCCCGGCUGGCGGUGGGGCGGGUACGGGGUGGGGGGGGCUGCAGCCAGGUGUGCCUGACUUUGAGCGAGCAAACGCGGUGUUUAGGGCAACAAUGAAAAGCACGCUUUUGCUGUCAGAGGAGCGCCAGGUGAAGAGUAAGGCCUUGUCCCUGCAGCCUCUCUACCUCCUCCUGACCGUUCCGUGUCCUGGGACCUUUGCUGAAGGGGGCUGGUGCCCCGCAGGGGCCCGAGAGGAGCUGAGGCCUAGGCUCUGGCCCCACCUCAGGCCCGGGCGGGUGGCGGGUGGGCCUCUGCCUGUUCCCUGGUGGCUGUGUGUCAUCCAGCCCCUCCCGCGGAAGGACAGUCGGAGACCACCCACCUCAAGUGAAGCAAGACCCUGGGGGGGGGGCAGGAGCCCCUGGGAGCCGCCUGCUGGUGCUCUUUGCUGUGGGGGCUGCAGCCUAGGUCCCCUCGGCUCAUCCUGUGCGCAGCCUCCCGCUCCUGCCCCAGCGGAAACACUGCGUUUGUCUCCCUUCAUUCCCAGGUUACCACGAAAACGGAGUGGUGAAAGCAGAGAACGGAACCUCCACACGGACUAAGAAACUCAAGUCUCCUUAGGGCCGAGGUGCUGAGAACAGGAAUGCUCUCGCGGGCCCAGCGGGGAGGCCCCCCUCCUGCUCCGAUGCCCCAUCUCACACAGUAGAAACCUGUCUUCACACAGGGCCUUUUCCUCUUCUUUACGUCUUGGCUUUCUCUUCUUUCUCUGUGAACCAUUCUCAAUAAAACCAAAAAUCUUCCUCUUUCCCUCCCUCCAGCCACCUCACAUCCUCACCUCUGUCCUGUGUCGGGUUUUCUAGAAGCCUGGCCUCUCACGGUUACCUUUCUGCUGGCCUCCUCUUUCUCUUCCUUCACAGCUGUUUCCUUCUCUUUUUACUUGUUAAUUUACCUUACUGUGCAAUUUUUCUGUGUCUGAUUUUUACAACGAGAGGAGGCAAAGCCUGUAGUGCUGGCCGUCCCCCACCCAGAUCCCCAGGACCUGUCCGGGUCGGCAGCCUCGUGCCGGGGAGCCUCCACCAGGGCCGGCGGCAGAUCCCCGUGCGGAUGGGCAGCAGGAGGGGAGACUGGCCCUCCUGGAUCGUCGUCUCCUAGGUGCCGAGGAACUGACGAGAGUAUGAUUCCAGUCCUGCGCGCACCAUCUUGAGGCCCCGCGGGGCCGCUGCUAGUUGGAAGCGCCAAGGCAUUUGGCUUUGGGACAUGAUGACUCAGUCCAGAAGGAUGGUGCUGUCUCGGGUCCCAUGACUCGGGAGAGCUCACCAGUGGCCGGUCCUGGACACCAGCCCGCUCUCUCUGUCAGGGAUGUGCUGAAGGAGGGUGAGUCUUCCCACUCUGCAGCAGCGGCAAAGCGACCAGAGCGGCGGGCCCUCCCGGAAAGUAACGCAGCAGAAACAAUGGAGGCGCCAACCUAGCCUUUCUUCGGCAGGUCCAGCUGCAUUGCUCUUCCCACUGUUCACCAGCGUCCAAAACCAAACCAAGCAGCAGUUAACAAAGCAGCCUGGCCGGGGACGUGCUGGUGCUAAACCCCAGGCCCAGCAGCCCAGUUGGGCGCCGGCCUUGCACCUGACUUCAUCUCUCUCGCGGCAGGAACACUACGCCCCCCGUGGCCCCUGGUGCCCCAGGGUCGGUCACCUGGGCCCCCUGUCCUCUGGCCUCACUUGCUGAGUGUCCUUUGGAAUUGUCGUUGUCCUCUGCUGAGCACACCCACAGCGUUUUAGAUGGUUUGAAACCAGGCUGACUCAGAAUCGCUCUGCUGGUUAGAUGGGCAGACACAGCCGUGCUGAUGUGCAUAUUUUGGCCCCCUUCCCGCACAUGGUCUCCCCCUCUCCCCAAAGACAAGGCCUCCAGCAAGGAGCUAGGCUCUCAGCAAGGAGGCCUGAAUGCUGUGGGCACAAGAAUGUUAGUGUCAUUUGAUGUGCUGGUCCUCUUCCUGACAUCACAGUAGAAACCAAACUGGAUUAUUACCCAGAAGGCAGGGAAGUGGGUCUUUUCAUCAAGCUCCCUUCUCCAGAUCACUUGCAUCAGAGAGAAGUUUUAAUCUACCAGUGCCUGGGGACUUGCUUCCUGACACCCUGGUAGACCCUCAUCUCUCUGUUCAGGAUUAGGCCGGGGAGAUGGGAAGAUCUUCUCUUAUUUUGAUUACCCUUAGGAGAGGGACAGUGCUUUUGAAAAUGCGAAUUCUUCCCAUCUUUCCUUCUUCUUCUCUGACACUUAUCUGGGCUGCAAAGCAGAAUGUUGGUGGAAGGGCGGCUUGUACCAACCCCGCAGGCCCAGUCUGGAACCCCUCAGCCAUUCAGUCAAAUGGUCCUCCCUCCCCGCUCGAGGCUGUGGCUGUGACUGUGACUGAGCCGGUGUUCCUACUUGGCCCAGGGAUGCUGUGCAGCCCACGUCAGCCUGCAGCCUCCUAAGCCUGGCCCAGUCCUCUCCAGGCUGUGUCCCUGGCCUUGGCACUGCUCCUGCUGCGUGCAGGAGGCCGCCCCCCCACCAGGGAGCACUGCUGAGUCAUGCCUUCAGCGGGUACCUGGCCUCCUUGCUGUGGGCUCGGGAGGUGGGAGCUGCAGCCGAGGUCCUGCCAUCGGGCAGUGACUCUUCUCACAUUCAGAGGUGAUCGCCGCCAGAGCACACGUGCUUGGUGUGCCCUUGGUCUCCUGUAAGUUGGCCCCUCGUACCGUGCGCCUCCUCAAGGUAGUACCACCAGCCCGGGGCCGGGCUAACUCUCGCCACCUCCUAAAGGACGGGGUUGGGUCCCUGAUUGAGAGUUGGGAAAAUCUUUCCUGCUGCGUGAAACCCGAGACCAUGCGUGAGGCUAGCGUCCCACCGGCCAGUUUCAGGAAUGGUUUGAGGGGAGGGUGAGAGGAAAACUGUAGGUGUUCUGUCACCCCGGGCGUGCCUGGCAUGUUUGCUUCAGAGCAGAGCCAAGCCAUGGCAGGCUGGCUCGAAGCAUGUUACCAGGGGCCGAAAGAACUCACUUCCAGUUCGUCCUGAGAGCCUCUUGGGUUGGCUUGUCCUGAUUUGGCCGUUCUGUGUUCUUCAGUCUUAAACACUCUCUGUGAAGGCCCGGCCAGACCCCCAAGUUUGAGAGGCCACUCAGUGCCAUCCGCCAGGAGGAGAGCAGAUGCUAACCUACCUCAGCAGCCCCCGCCCUCCCAGCAUCCCUGGCUGGCACGCGUGCAGGGGCGCCGGGCAGGGUGGCGUGGGAGAGGCUGGGGGAUGGACGGGUGAUCCCAGCUGCCAGUGCCCCUCCUUGGAGGCUCCGUGAUGGGAAGUUAUUUUUACUCUCCAGGCUCUGACAGCUACACUAUAGUAGGUUACAGGUGCCCCUUCUGAAGGCAGGGCAGGUUCUGGGGGAAGGAGAAGCAGGCCGAGCCAGACCUGCAUCUUGGGGAGAACCUUUUCCCUUCCUGUCCCAAGGUGGAGCUACCAACGUUUCAGAAACCAGACUCGACACCUGUGCUCUGGCCACCUCUGCAGAUGCUCCUCUUGACUUGAAAGACUUGGCGCCGGGCGGGCUGUUCUGGGAUGCAUGCAGCUGCGUUUGCUGUGGGGACCUUCUUUCUCCGUACCUUUGACUUCCUCCUAAGUGCUGAGUGAGAGGUAUAGGGGCGGAGAGUGCGCCCCCUCCUGAUUCCACACACAAUUCUAGUCCCUGGGAGCCUUUUUAAAUGCAAAGUGGCGCGAAGCCCCCCCACCACGUAGGGUUUCCUUCGGGCUUCAGCCUCCUUGGUGGUCUGUGCUAGGCCUGGGGGCCAGGAAGGCAGGGAGGUCUGCACAGGACUCACUCCCCUGCUGGGGCGUCAGCGUCCCAGUGAACAGAACCCGUUCCUGAUGGCCGGGGCCUCUGCUUCUGUGGGGAGUGGCCUUUCUCCCCCUCCCGGCUGCCAUCCUAGCUCACAGCCCAGCUCCUCAGGAGGGACUGGGCAGGACUGGAGAACUGGGUCUUGACAGAUCACUUGGAACUUAGGCCGAGUCUCCGGCCCCGCGAGGAGCCUUCACCAGCUCCCCCCUGGAGCCUAGUUCUCUCGUGAACAGUGAGUCCUCUCAAAGGGCUGAGGGUGACUGCCAGUCCCCUGCCCCCUCCCCCCAGCGGCUCGCUCUCUUUACGGAGGGCCCCGAAAAGCACGGGGAUUCCAGCUCUGUGCGGCCCCUUUUUGCCCCGAGCUGAUCCUGUAUCUUUUUGUGUCAGAAGUGCCUUAUGUGCCAUGGUCUCCUGGCCUCCACUUGCACUGUGUGGCCAGCCCCCCGGGCCCUGGCACAGUUACAUGUUAAAGGGACCGGAUUGUGACAGUUUCACCUCAUUCAUCUUAGCCUCACCGCCACUGUCCGGGUCUGGUGGUGUCCGGUUUCUCCCUUGUGUCUGGUGGCUGUGAGGGCCCCUUCAUGGGCACCUACCUGUCAGAGAAGCUCGGGGCUCCCAGGGGCACCAGACCUCCGCGCCUCGGCCGACGUGGUAAGCCUUGCUCAUCCAGCUCCCCUUGCACGUGAAAGAGGAGGUACCCUGGCUCUAGCCUCUUCUCAUCCAUACUGCUUCCCGUUCGACCCCGCGUUUCUGCGGUAAGGUGUUUACUCUCACUUCCCGGUCACAAGCGGCGCUCACAGGUGCCCGUCUGACGUGGGUCCGGGGGGACUGUUGCAGGGCACCCCUUCCCCCCACGCGGUGUGCCCGCCCCUCGCCUGCCUCGUCCUUGCUCUUCCGGGUUGUGCAAUACCUCUCCUAGCCAGUGGUCUUUCCCACAGGCCGUCUGUCCCUUCCGGUGCCUGGCCACUGGGGUGGACAGGACCCAUGGGAGGGUGGUCGUCAUCCCCACAGAAGAAAGUAGCCACGCUCCCUCUGUUGCUGUCAUUCUUGUGACCCUGGUGGCACUCUAAGUGGAACACUGUAGCAUCAUCUUUGAAGUCCAUAUAGUUUUAAAACUGUUGAAAAGGAAAAACAUCCUCAUGAUGGGGCAUUAAUAAGUCAGCAUCUGGGAAUAAGAGCCGUGUGACACCUGAGGCAUCACCAUCAGUUCGCUGUAAGGGUUCUAGAGUUUCUUGUUCGUGUGGAGAGGAAGGAGGUUUUCCUGGGAAUCGGCCACACAUGGACAGCCCUGGUCAUCUGAUCAGAUCUGACUGGUUGUAAGUACCACCAUUUCCUUGGGUACAGAUUCAAGUGUUUAUGUAAUGAGACUACACACCUCAUUUUUUCAGUUCCUCUUGUUUAACAAACAU